AGCCGCAGCGCCGCCGGGGCAGCGGGCAGGAGGUGGCGGCGGGCCCCGCGCCGGUACCUGCUGAGCCGGCGGCCCCCGCGGCCCGGCCCGGCGCCGUCGGGAGCGCGGGGCAGCGCCCGCCGCUGCGGAGCCAUCGCGCCUCCUCCGCCUCCAGCGAUGCGCUCGGCGCGCCGCGCCCCGGCCUGCCGGCCUGCCUCACCGGGGAACGCGCUGGGCUGCCGAGAGUGAGGGGAAGGAGCCAGCGCAGAGCCGGGAGCGGCGGCACCGGGACGGGGGGACAGAAGGACAACGGCACAACGGGACAGCCGGGCGCGGGCGGGCAGCGCCGGGAGAGCGGGGCAGGGGCGGCGGGGCGCGGCCGGGCGGGGUGCGCAGGGACAGGCCGGGCGGGGUGUGCCGGGGAGACAGGCCAAAGCAAUCGAGGCCAGAGCAUGUGGCGGCGCCUGGUGCACCUGGACCUGAAGGGCGCCGCGCCGCGCGUGGAGUACCUGGAGCAGGUGCUGCCACUGCUCCGUGCCCUGGGUGCCACCGGGCUGCUGCUGGAAUAUGAGGACACCUUCCCGUACACGGGGCCGCUGGAGCUGCUGCAGGCCCCCCACGCCUACAGCCCCGAGGAGCUGCGGGCGCUGCUGAGCCGGGCGCGGGCGCAGGGCCUGGACGUGGUGCCGCUGGUGCAGAGCUUCGGGCACAUGGAGUUUGUGCUGAAGCACAGGGAGUUUGCCCAUCUGCGGGAGGUGAAGGCGCUGCCCAACGCCCUGAACCCGCACAAGGAGGAGUCACUGGCACUGGUCAAAGCCAUGAUUGACCAGGUCAUGGCCCUGCACGAGGACUUGCGGUGGUUUCACAUCGGAUGUGAUGAGGUCUACUACCUUGGCGAAGGAGAGGAGUCAAAGCAGUGGCUGCAGCAGCAAAACAACACUCCAGAGAAGCUGUGCUUAUCCCACAUAAAAGCAGUUGCCACUUGUUUGGCCUGGUCUUACCCCAUGGUGACACCCAUCGUGUGGGACGACAUGCUCAGGGGGAUGAGUGAGGAAACACUGGCAGAGUCCGGGGUCCCACAGCUGGUGCAGCCCAUGAUCUGGGACUAUGCAGCAGACAUCGACGUGGUAGGCAAAGUGCAGCUCGUAGAGAAGUACCGCAGGUGUGGCUUCUCCAAGGUGUGGUUUGCAAGUGCCUUCAAGGGAGCCACGGGGGUGAAUCAGUCUCUCACACUGAUUGGGCACCACCUCAGGAACCAGCUGGAGUGGCUGCAGGUGGCCAGCAGGAGCCCUGCUGAUGUCCUCGAAGGUAUCGCGCUGACCGGCUGGCAGAGGUAUGAUCACUUCUCUGUUUUGUGUGAGCUUCUCCCUGUGGGAAUUCCAUCCCUGGCCGUGUGUCUGCAGGCACUAAAGAAUGGUGGCUAUUCUGAAAAGAUUAAAGAAAAUGUGGAAAAUCUCCUGGGAAUACCUAACCUGGAAAUUGAUAGUUUCAUGAGCCCAAGUCUGGGGACGUUUCCUGGGAGCAAUGUCCUCACCCUUGUGACGCAAAUCAGUUUCCACCUCAAGUCAUCAGUGGAUGAACUUCUGGAAAGGAACAGGUAUGUCACAGGCUGGUUUAGCCCCUACCACAGGAAAAAGAAGAUUAUUCAUCCUAUUGUACUGCACCACUUCCAGCCAGAUGCAGUCAGUCUCUUCUCCAAGUGGAAUGCUGUGGUGCAAGACCUGCAAGCAGCCAUGGAGCAAGUUUUCCACAGGUGUGCUAUAGAGGAAUGGAUGGAGGAGAAUGUCCACCCCAGCCUACAGAAGCUGCAGCAGGUGCUGGAUGAUUUAGAGGAAGCAAUAAGAGCACAAAAUUAGGGGCAUUUCAAUUAGUCUGACUCACUCCCUGGGAAAACAUGACUACUGUUGGCUAGCCCUUGAGCUGGAGUUUGUCAUCUUGAGAGUAGAAGCAUGAACUGUGGUUAAACAAAAGUGACCUGAAGGCAUUAAGGAAUUUAUUAGCAUAAAACACUUCCAUUUUCCUGUCUUAACACAUGCUAAGCCUUAAUUCACCUGCCUGGAAGUCAGGUAUUAAUAAGAGAAUGCAGGAGUGAGUCACAGCUCACUCUCCUACAAGGCAGGAGAAAACCCAGUUUCUUCCAAAUUCAGAAUUUGUAGCAACAGACUCUUACAUAACAAUGACCUGGGAAAGCUCUGCCCUAAUAUUUAGGAUACUUUAAAAAUGUUUGGGUCAUUAUGUUCUGUACCAUAACUCCUUCACCUGUCAGCUGUGCUCUGAGUUGUGUCCCACCAUUCCAUCAAGGGGAAUCAGGAGCUCCUCCUGGGCUUGGAGGGAAGAUGCCUUAACACAUUGGGCUGCUUCACUUUCUGCCAGAGCACCACCAAAGCUCAGCUGGUGCCAUCCCCACAGAAAAGCACCACCCCACUCACUGAGGCAUCUGUUUAGCUGUGUGCAACCUGAAAAUGCAACCUGCACUUUCCAGCUCUGUCCCAAUUUGAGCCAUGACUAAAGCUACUAAAUAUAAGGAAAAAAAUGCUGGUUUAGUCUGCUUUAAAUGUCAAACUUGUCAUAAUGUAUAGAAAUGUAUUUUGGGGAUUUUUGGUGAUUAUCCAAAUUCUCCACUAAAUGGAAAUAAUUCAGAAGUAUGGUAGUUAAGUAUGUUACUCCAGCAUGAAUAUUCAAAAUAUUUAUUUUUGUGCUUCAUUUAUUCCUUUCUUUAAUUUUUUUGAAGCACUGGUGUUGAAAUUUUCUUGGAACAAAACAUACAAAAAGUAAAACUACAGCAUAAGACAAGCUUCAAGUGAUUCAAUGAGAGCCUCAGUCACUAGAAAUGCAAAUCUUUAUCUAAAAGGAACCAAUUGCUCUGUAUACCUGUCACAUAGCUUGAACUAAACAAGAUCUUAAUUUAUUUUACUUGAAUAAAACCUUUGAUACUCAAA